ACGUCGAUGAAGCAUUCUCGACAGGCAUGGAGGCGCUAUCGAGCUAGGCCCGUACAACGCAGCAGUCAUGCCCCACGCCCCCUUGAGCCUGCACGAAUCAUGAUUCUCUUGAUGAUCUGCAGCCGUUUUUGCGCUCGUGCCUGCGGCUGUGCCUCCGAUUGCAAUAUGAUACUUAGUCGGGCAGCUCGCUUAACUUGAGGCAUUCGAGUCUUGUCCAAGUGGCAUUUUUCGAUUGACUCUGAGCUCUGCCUUUUACUCAACCUUCUGUGAGGCGGACUAUUAUGAGGAAAGUCGGAUAGACAGCGGGGGACCAACAGCGGGGGACCAACAGCGGGGGACCAACAGCGAGG